AUGUCUAACACCACUAACUUCUUUUACCGCAACCGUAGUGAGACAUAUGGAAAAUUGUACUUUAAGUCGUGGUUACCUCAAGUGUAUUUUCCAACUGUAGAGCUAUUGAGAAAGAGCGUUCUCGAAACGGCAGUAAAGCAAUACACUGAUGAGCUCAGCGAUGCUAUAACAAUGUGUAAGCAUCAAAAAUUAGGUACCAUUGUAAAAAAGUUGGAACAAAUAUCUCAGAGGUUUUCGAAGAUACCCCGGGGACAACGACAAGAAAUGUUUAGUGGAGCGUAUCAGGCGGAAAAAAGACGGCGUGAAGAACAAGAAAGACAGCAGAAUCAGGAGAUUAUCCGGAAAAAUAUUGCCGAAAUAAUCGAUAAUUGUAUUAAUGCGGUAAAUGCCGGUUGCUCCAUGAAAGUUGAGGGAGUGCUAAACGAAGUUCGCGGGUGUUUAGAACAGCUUGAUUUGACUUCUAUCGAUUCGGGUGAUCCAAUAGCAUCCGGAAUUAUAGAUAUUUCUGAAGGAGUAGAUAGCGUGGCAGAUAAGUUAUCAGUGGAGACUAAACAGGUUCUUGAGGAAAUUGAAUUAAGUGAACCGGAAUUUUCAGAAAAAACGAUCACCAUGCUGGAUGAAUUUAUUAAUACGUACGAGUUAUUGGGUCCCAAUUUCGAUCCGGCUCUUGUUAACCCUAUUACAUUCCCACGAGACGAAAAUAAUUUGGGUGAACGUAGGGUUUUAUUAACAACAUUCGAUCUACUAGAAGGGCUGAGAAAUUGUUGGAGUUUGAGACCGUUAUUAGGUGAAAGAGAGUAUAGCGAAAACUCCUACGUGAUUCAUGCAGUUUCCAGAGUCGUAGAUCCCAUCUUUAAUUAUUAUAAAUGGAAUCUUAAACGAUCAUGGGAAAAGGUGUCUAAUUCAUCCCAAGCACGAAAAGAGUUGAUGCGUUCUAUCCAUUCUGGAGAUAGGCCAGACUUGCAAGUUCUUCUAAUGCUAGACUCGGAUAAGUGGGAGUUAGUAUUUACUGAGAUUUCGCGAUUAGACCCUCGUGCAGAUAAGCAGAGCAAUGAUUGGAAGAAAUUGAAUCGUCUAUGUAAGGAUGGAUUUGACGCUAGAUUCAACGAAUUGAUUAAGGAGAAAGUUGUCGAUGCUGAUGAAGCUAAGUGUCUGAUCAAUGAGCUUCUCCAAAUCCCUUUCAUAGGAAUCCAAGUGAUAAGUAAUCGUGUGCUAGUUUUUGGGAUUGACUUUUACAAUAAUUCCUUUUAUCGCUCUUUUAGAAUCUGUGAAUAUACCAUCCCUUUAAGAGUUUCUGACCGUCAGGUUGUGGAAGAUUUUUUGAAAAGUUCAUUGAAAGUAAAGUGUUAUUUAGAAAAAAUAGUCAACAAUUUCGUGCGGAUUAAGGAUAGAAUCGAUCGUUUGCCUAAUAUGGUUGGAAAUGAAAGAUCGGGAUCUAGCAUGUCAAUGUCUACAACAUUUUAA